AUGCAGAGACCGAGAGCCCCAGACGCCUCCCGCCAAAGCCCGGAGGCCCACCCGGGGCCCGAGUCCCGCCUGCGGACCCGGCGCCACCCCCUUAGCCCGCCCCGCCCACUCGGCCCCUCCCCCCGGCGACCGCCCCGGGCCCGAAGCAGCAAAAGGAACUCGGGCCAGACCCGGGAGGUCGCGUACACGUUCCGGCAGGGGCCCCAGGGCAGACUCCGGCUCCGCGCGUGGUCGGCCUCCCUCGCCGGGGUCCGGCCGGCCGACGCCACUCACCCGCCGACGGCAGGACAAAGGCCGCGGCCGCCACCGACCCGGUCUGCGCCUGCGCGGGCGGGCAACGGACUACAACUCCCAGAGAGCCGUGCGCGCUCCCGGUCGCUUCCUGCUGGCCCCGCCCCCACCCAGAGUGCUGCGGCCGAGGCAGCAGGGCUCGGGGUGCAGUCCCGCCGACCCCCGCCCCACUUGGCCUUACCUCUUGGCAUCCACCCUCUCCCAGACCGCGCUCACCCGCCAACAGAAGGGCGAAAGCCGCAGCUACCACCGACCGGGUCUGCGCCUGCGCGGGAGGGCGCCGAACUACAACUCCCAGAGGGCUGCGCGCAGGCUCUGGGCGCAUCUGCCCCCGCCCUCCGGAAUGGCAGGUCCCGGGUUCGAGUCCUGACGCCGCAGGUUCGCUCGCUCGGUCGCCCGGUCGCCCUUCUCUGCCCACCCUGGUGGGACGACGCCUCCGCGCUCGUGUGCUGA